GCAGUAAACGAUAACAAAGUUCUAAUUGUUAUUGGUGAGACAGGCAGUGGUAAAACGACACAGAUCACUCAAUAUCUGGCUGAGGCCGGCUACACUAACACUGGUCGAAUUGGCUGCACUCAACCUCGACGUGUAGCUGCCAUGUCGGUUGCCAAGCGUGUAUCGGAGGAAUUCGGCUGUCGCCUCGGGCAGGAGGUAGGCUACACAAUUCGUUUCGAAGACUGUACAGCACCCGAGACAAAGAUAAAAUACAUGACGGAUGGUAUGCUUUUGCGUGAGUGCUUGAUCGACCCCGACCUUCGACAGUAUUCUGUUAUCAUGCUGGACGAAGCUCACGAGCGUACCAUCCACACAGACGUGCUUUUCGGUCUACUGAAGAAGGCUAUCAGAAAACGUGAGGACAUGAAGCUGAUUGUGACUUCCGCCACCUUGGAUUCUGUCAAGUUUUCACAGUACUUCUUUGAAGCGCCAAUUUUCACGAUUCCUGGACGAAUUUUCCCUGUAGAAAUACUCUAUUGUAGGGAGCCUGAGAACGAUUAUUUAGACGCUGCACUGAAUACGGUCAUGCAAAUUCAUUUGACAGAACCACCAGUAAAUACUGGAAGCACAAAAAUAUCAGAGGGCUCAUCGGCUCUGCCCGAUGCUUGGGCAAAGAGAUAUUAG